UGGAGGGGAGAGGCGGGGGGUGGGGGUAGCAAGAAAAGAGGAGCGGAGAGCAAAAAAAUAAAUUAAAUUAAAUAAUAAUAAAAAUAAAACGCUGAAGAGAAACAAAAGCACAGUUGUGGGUGCCUGAAACCAUGAGCGAUUCGCACUAUUCUCCAAGAACGCUGCUUUAUCCGUGGACCAUGUCGUGAGGUGUGGCUCUACGCGCUCGGGAUACUGCCAACAGAUAAGCCUGGGAGCGGGACAGAAGAUGUCCGCCUCGGUAGGGCCCCAAAGCGGCCCCCGCCCACCCACAGUGCCGGCUCCCAUGCCUGAUAUGCCUGACUUGAGUCACCUCACGGAGGAGGAAAGGGAAAUCAUCAUGGCAGUGAUGGUUCGGCAAAGGGAGGAAGAGGAGAAGGAACAAGCCAUGCUAAAGACACUGCACCAGCAGUUUGAGAGUUAUAAAGAGCAGGUGAGGAAGAUUGGGGCAGAUACUAAACGACAGCAGGCUGUCCAUAAAGAUGAUGCACCUACCUGUGGCAUCUGCCGCAAGACCAAGUUUGCAGAUGGGUGUGGGCACCUGUGUUCCUACUGCCAGACCAAGUUCUGUGCCCGCUGCGGGGGAAGAGUGUCUCUGCGCUCGAAUAACGUGAUGUGGGUAUGUAACCUGUGCAGGAAACAGCAGGAAAUCCUAACUAAAUCAGGAGAAUGGUUUUCAGCAGGGCCUGGGGGGCGACCUCUUAGUGUAGGUUCUCCCCUCAGUGGCCCUGAGUUGGACAAGGACAGCAAGUUGCGCUCCAGAUCCCAGGCUCCAGGCCUUAACGCUAACAACACUCUGCCAUCCAGCCUUGGUCCUGACAACCCCACCAGGGGAGCAGAUACAAUGCCUGCCUCACGGUCCCGCAGUGAACCGCGAAGAGACAAGAAGAGACCUGUGUCCCUGCAUGAGCAGAAUGGAAAGGUGAUUGGGCGUGGAGAGAGAAGGCGAGGUCCAGGCAGGUUGUCAUCACAAGCCUCUGAAGACCGAGCUCCUGGUGAGAAGCGGGACAGCAGACGACUGGAGAAAGGCCACUCCCAGGAGUACCUAGAGGAUGACACCACCCAUCCCGACCGAAGAAGGCGACAGGAGGAGGAACAGCGAGAGCGUCAAAGACGAGAGGAGGAGUACCAGACCCGUUACCGCAGUGACCCGAACCUAGCCCGCUACCCUGUUAAACCACAGAAGGAAGAACAGGAAAUGCGAAUGCAUGCCAAAGUAUCCAAAAUGCGUCAGGAGCGGCAUCACAGCGACCUUGCUAUCAAUGAAGUGGGAUUGCUUCAAGAUGGGGGUGAGGCCGCUGGAAAUCGCAUGAGCAGGCAGCGAAUAGCCAGCAACGAGAACCGCAAGUCCUUUUUAGAGAACCAUCGAGCUUAUUCCGUGGACAGGACCAUGGGGGGUGGCAUUGGGGGACAAGUAUCCCUUGCUAAACAGGGCCACAGUGGCCCUCAUGUGGGUCCUACAGGGCCCCCAGACCUCAGGGACGGACAGGAAUGGGGCCCAAAGGGGCAUCUGGAACCUGGGUCCGCAGCUUUUUUGCACAAGGCUAAGCGAGAAAAGGCUGCUGAAAUCCUACGUAAAGAUUCUUCUCUUAGCUCGGACCAAUCAGAAUCGUUGCGGCCUCCUCCACCAAGAGCCUACAGACCCAAACGAGGCCUCAACAAGAGGCAGAUGUCCAUCAGUAGCUCUGAGGAGGAGGGUGGCUCCACGCCUGAAUACACCAGCUGUGAGGAUGUGGAGAUCGAAAGUGUUAGUGAAAAAGGUGACUGGGACUGUCAUCCUCUAGACCCCACUGUGUGGCAUCAUCCUGUUAGCUGGCAGCCAUCCAAAGAAGGAGAUCAUUUGAUUGGCCGCAUCACUCUAAGUAAGCGUUCCACCAUGCCAAGAGAAGCCGGUUCCCUACUCGGUCUGAAGGUGAUUGGUGGGAAAAUGACAGAGUCAGGAAGACUCGGGGCCUUCAUCACCAAAGUAAAGAGAGGAAGUCUGGCUGACAUUGUAGGCCAUUUACGAGCAGGCGAUGAGGUGUUACAGUGGAAUGGGAAGGCGUUACCUGGAGCAACUAAAAAGGAAGUGUACAACAUUAUUUUAGAAUCCCAGUCUGCACCUCAAGUGGAAAUAGUUGUUUCCAGACCAAUUGGAUGUAUUCAACAAAUUCUGUCCAAAAACUUCUUGAAAAAGGUCUAUAGAGCAUAUCAAGAUACACCAAGAAUUCCUGGGACGUCACAUCCUCCUUUAGAGUCAACUGGUUCCAGUUCUAUAGACGAAUCCCAAAAGAUGGACCGGCCAUCCAUCUCAGUAAUGUCUCCCACCAGUCCGGGGAUGUUGCGAGAUCUCCCUCUGGUUCUACCAGGCCAGCUGUCGGUGAAACUGUGGUAUGAUAAAGUGGGCCAUCAGCUUAUUGUCAAUGUUCUACAAGCACGAGACCUGCCCCCUCGACUGGACGGACGACCCAGGAAUCCUUACGUCAAAAUGUAUUUUCUUCCUGAUAGAAGUGACAAGAGCAAGAGAAGGACGAAGACCGUGAAGAAGAGUGCAGAGCCAAAGUGGAACCAGACAUUCCUGUACUCUCACAUACAUCGCAGAGACUUCAGAGAGCGCAUGCUGGAGAUUACUGUGUGGGACCAGCCCAGAGUCCAGGAGGAUGAGAGUGAAUUUCUAGGAGAGAUUUUGAUCGAACUGGAGACAGCUCUGUUAGAUGACCAGCCACACUGGUACAAACUGCAGACCCAUGAUGUGUCCUCCCUCCCCCUGCCCCAGCCCUCCCCCUGCCUCCCUCGCAGACAUGUUCAUGGAGACAGUCCCAGCAAGAAACUGCAAAGAUCUCAUCGCAUCAUUGAGACAGAUUAUGAUGAUGGUAUAACGGUAGUGUCCUCAGCAGCAGAAAGGAACUCUCGAGACAGGGAGAGGUCAAGCACACUGACGGUACCUGAGAGACAGGCGGCCAUACAGCAUCGCUCGCGGUCGGUGUCCCCGCACAGAGAAGACCAUUGUAGAGCCCGGUCACGACCUGCACACGUCCCUAUGCAGAGGAGUCUGGAUGAGAUCCACAAAAACCGCCAUCAUUCCAACUCUCCCUCCCGUUAUCAUGACUCCCACCAGGAACAUCGCUCUGGAGACUCUGACUAUGAAUAUUCAGAGGACAGCGAGGUCCUGGAGAUGCACAGAACAAUCCGAGGUGGGAGUGCUGAGUGCCUGCCUACAAACAGUGAUCUUCAGCCUUCAUUAGAUAGAGUAAGAAGUGCCAGUACGACUUGUUUGCGACCAGAGACCAAUUUCCAUUCACCUGAUAGUGAAAGGCAUUCCGGCAGUUUGGAUAGGCCGAGCUGUCAGAAAGCUAACAUGAAAACCAUUGAUUGUGACAGACUCCAGCCCACCUCUAUCCUAAGGGGCAGCAGCAGGAGGCGAGAGCCUCCCCUCAGGCCCUUUGGCCAGACCACAUUCGGGGGUUCCUGCCCUAACUCCCCACGAGCUGACAGAGAAUUUCAACACGGUGGACAUUAUUCCUCGGUAAGGACGACGUCAUUAGGGCGCAGGGGCAGACAGCUGCCACAGCUCCCUGCAAAGAGCAGCAGUAUAGAGCAAGACCAUAUCAACAGUAAACCUGAAGAGAAACUGAACUCAGACGUGGUAUAUCGAGGAAGAAGCAAACCGGAGUUUGAGGAAUCAACUCGCCAUUUGGCAGCACUAGCAGUAGAGGAACGGGCUCGUCAGUUGCAGAUGAGAGUGCAGAACUAUCGGCCGGGCUCUUCUGCCUGCUCCGGUCAUGACUCAGAGGCAGAGCUCAAGAACAAGAGAGAUAUGUAUAAGGACCAGAGGAGGAGUUGUGAUAACAUGUCUGCGAGGUCAUCAGACAGCGACAUGAGCGAUGCAUCAGCCAUUUCCUGUGCCAGCAGUGUCUCGCGGCUGAGUGCCACCAGCUAUAUGUCCAUUCAGUCUGAGAGACCACACGGCAGAAUCAGGUCAAAGUCAUUGGAGAGUUGUAAAGGUGAAGAGAAGAAGGAGAGAAGGAUUUCAUGGGGGGUGAAUGGAACAGACAACAGGAGGAGUCUGGGAAAGAGGCGCUUCUCUGAGGAGCUUAAACGCAGGCGUCAUACGGUGGCUGGAGAUGUGAGUGCUCACAGUCAUCAAGUUAGAGCCUCAGCUGGUCGGAGUAUGCUAAAGAGCACAAGUGUUAGCGGUGACAUCAACACAGCAGAGCGAACAGAUGGCAGCCAGUCUGACACUGCCCUGGGAACAGUUGGAGCCGGAGCGAAAAAACGGCGCUCCAGCCUCAAUGCACGUUUCGUGGCUAUCGUGGGAAACCGUCGCAGCCGAAGCACCUCACAAAUCAGUCAGACUGAGGCGACUAAUAAGAAGUCAAAGGGUAGCCAAGGGACGAUCCAGCGUAGUCAGGAGACGGGAAUUGCAGUGGAAUUGCAGAGGAAUAUGAGCCGUCAACCCAGCCGAGAAUCCAACAAUGGCAGCAUGAACAGCUACAACUCAGAGGGCAGUCCAAUCUUUCCAGCGGUUCGAGUUGAGACUCAGUUCAGUGACUUCCUGGAUGGAUUGGGCCCUGCUCAGUUAGUUGGUCGACAAACCCUAGCCACACCAGCAAUUGGUGACAUUCAGAUUGGUAUGGUAAAUAAGAAAGGCCAGCUUGAGGUGGAAGUGAUAAGAGCACGAGGUCUUAUCCAAAAACCAGGAUCCAAAUCACUACCUGCUCCAUAUGUCAAAGUCUAUCUGCUACAAAAUGGGGGGUAUGUAGCGAAGAAGAAGACCAAAAUUGCACGCAAGACACUCGACCCACUGUACCAGCAAACUCUGCAGUUUGAAGAGAGCCCACAGGGUAAAGUGUUACAAGUAAUUGUCUGGGGAGAUUAUGGGCGAAUGGACCACAAAUCCUUCAUGGGAGUUGCACAGAUCCUGCUAGAAGAGCUGGACCUCUCCAGCAACGUGAUUGGCUGGUACAAACUUUUCCCACCUUCUUCCCUAGUCGACCCAACUCUUGCCUCUCUAACUCGACGUGCUUCUCAGACAUCCCUGGAUGGUUCGAAGGCACCUGCGGGGGUUAGAUCGUAGUUGACUUGCAUAUAAAGCACAAUCAAUACAAGCUGAGAGACAGCAGGACAACAAUAAGAGCCAGGCAGAAAAUGCGAUGAAAUAACACAAAGCUUUGUUAAAAUCUGACAAUCACUCCUGUGACUUUGCUUUUAUGUUUUCCUCUUUGUGGGUAGCCAGUGUUCUGCCAAAUUUGUUUGUCCUAAACAAAAUCAUUUGUUUCUCUCACUGUUUGUUGUGUGAGACUUAGGGCUGUCUACACUACCAUGCAGAAAGCACUGCUUUAGUGUGACAUACAGUAAAGCAGGGUGAUAAUCAGUCAUGUCUUCAUUAAAGAAAUGUAUGCUAGCUAGUUUUUAACAGAGCAUCAGAAUGUAUCAACCCAAAAACUAAGGUGACCUCUUACCAGGGGAUUAUGGGGCCUUAGCCAAGGCCCUGUCUAAACCCUGUUUGGAUUGGAAAAAGUGUCAACGGUCAGGACCUUACAAGACGUAGAGCGUCCACAUGAGGACAUUGUCUGGAAGGGCAGGGCCUUUCUUGGUGCCUAAACCUGGAGGACCCCAAGCCAUGGUCCAUUUCCUCCAAAAGUUCCUCUGUUUUCAGUGUUUGUGACAGUUAAUGGAAGCUGCUCUCUUCUAGAAGUUAUGUUUUGUUCUUUUUUCAGAAUGUUGUCACAUGUCUGGCCCAUUUGUUUUAUGAAAAACAAGAGGUUUGUGUUGUCCGGUAUACUGUGAAUAUGAAAAGAAAAGCUAAAAAUGAAACUGAGAACAAAGUAUCUGGACACACAUUUCUUAGCACAUAAUAUAUAUUUCUUAAAUUCAUUGUUUACUGAAACUUUUGCAUUAUCCUUCAAUACACUGUAAUACAUAAUCGUAUUCAGUGAAUUCUUUCAGAUAUACUUAUCAUUAAAUGUAAUAAAAAAGUACAUUUCGUUGCUGAAAAAACACUCCAUCCCAAGAUAAACAUAUUUGUGUAAUUCUGCAUUUCCCAUUUUAGGGUGUUUUGUCAACACUCUAACAAGGGAAAAGGUACAUAAAUGUGCUGUUAUGUAUGUUGAGUACAACUUCAGUGACUAAAUUGACUUUUGAACAACACUGAAUAAGUGUCAGUGUAGAUGUGAAUUUACCCUGUUAGGGUGUUGACCAAUAGAUAGGGUUUAGCAAAAAAAACAUUUUAGCAAAACAACUUACACCCCACUGAGGUUUCAAGAUUUCUGACAAACCCAAGCUCUUCAAAAGCCCUUGCACAUAUUUAAGGUUUUAUGUGCCAUUGGGACUUCUUUAUUUCUUAAAUAAAAAUGGAAGCACAAAAGUUUGAUGAAAAAACAGUUGAAAAAGAGAAAAAAUAAAUAAAAAUCAAACCAACAAAUUAGCUUUUUUCUUGACCAUUUUAUUUCCACUUUGUGUACUUAACAGAAAACAAAAAGAGUCACGCAAAUCCUAAUUCAUCUUGUGUGUCUCUGUAAAUGUUGAUGUGACCAAUCUGAUUUUGCCAUCAGAAACAUAAACACCAAUCAUCUGUCAGGCCCUCCAGAGCAGCAGAGCAGCAUGACACGGAUCAGUUCCCAGCUGCAUGCACAUUUUUGUAAAACAGACUACACAACUGUUAAAAGUUACAGAAAUAGACGUGUUAGUUCAACAUACUGUAGGCCAGCUUGUAUGUUGCAUGUACUUGUACAGUUUGCUUGUACUUGAAUAUAAGUGAUAAACCAAGAAAAAGAAGCUAUUUGCUUUCUCUCAAACUUUUCAGAUCAGCUAAAAUACUAGUCGAUGUCCUCCAUUCGGUGCUGAAUGUUGCAACAUUUCUUUCCCCCCCUUAUUCUUGCUUUUUAGUCUUAUAUACCAUUGGGGAAAAUGUGCUGUAACACUGAACAAAUCCUCCCUCAUGUUUUACAGAUUUUACUGUAUCAUAAUUUACCUCAAAACCACAAAGAUAAACCUAAAACAUGUGUAUAUGUCCCAUUAAGUUAUUCCAAUAUCAAAACAGGAAAUAUUAAAAAUAUAUCAGACAUACAGUCCAUGCCAGUAUCCAUGUUAAAUAUUAAUGUAGAUGCACAGAGAUUCAUUAGUGCAUGUGUUGUAAAUAUUAAACAACCGUGUGGUUAAGCAAUAUUUGCAAAGGGGCCAAGGCUUACUUUUGAGAGCUACCAUCCCAAUAUAAGGGACCGCUGAGCGGACACCUUUCUUAUCAUAUGGGUCCAAGUCAAGAGCUCUCUUUUUCACUUUUAGAGGGCCAAACCACUCCGCUCUAAAGCUGUAGCCAGAUCAUCAGAUCAUCUGUGCUUUCAAGCCAAUUCCUCAUCUAUGCUACGAACACAAAAUCAGAAAAAUUUAAUUGUUUUCCUUCAUGAGAGACAGGUUUUUAUUAUAUCAGUAUUCUUGGGUAGAGAUGAAAAACAAUCCUGACUGUUUACAACUUAAAGUAUGUGUUCCACUGAGAUGAUAAAGAAAAAAAGUAUUCACUGACACAUUCCUGUUUGUAUACAGGUGUGGCUCUUACGAUGUGUAUGUUUUAUAUAUAUAUAUAUAUAAAAAAAAGAAGAAGAAAAAAGUUCAUUUUUUUAUUUCCAAAUAAAUAAAAGAAAAAAGUGUGUGGAAGUUAUUUCGCUCCAAUGUUCAUGUUCUUUCCCUGACUGCCUACACUGCUUAAAUUGUAGUCUUUUUCAUUUAGCUAUUAAAGGUGCACUCAGUAA